CUUACGAUUCUCAAAUUCACUUGCCCUCACGAUCUCAUCCUUUGAAAAUUCCUUGAAACUUUUCAUCUUGUGAGAAUGGCACCAAAGGGAGAGAAGAAGCCGGCCGAGAAGAAACCAGUGGAGGAGAAAUCAAAGGCCGAGAAGGCUCCGGCGGAGAAGAAACCUAAGGCCGGGAAGAAGCUGCCGAAGGAAGCCGGCGGCGCAGGCGGCGAUAAGAAGAAGAAGAUGAAGAAGAAGAGCGUCGAGACGUACAAGAUCUACAUCUUCAAGGUCCUUAAGCAGGUUCAUCCAGAUAUCGGAAUCUCGAGCAAAGCCAUGGGGAUUAUGAACAGCUUCAUCAAUGAUAUCUUCGAGAAACUCGCUCAAGAAUCGUCUAAGCUCGCUAGGUACAAUAAGAAGCCUACGAUCACUUCUCGGGAGAUUCAGACUGCUGUUAGGCUUGUGCUUCCUGGUGAGCUCGCGAAACACGCCGUCUCCGAGGGAACCAAAGCCGUCACGAAAUUCACCAGUUCGUGAAAUUGCGUCUCGUGAUUCGAGAAUUUGGGGAAGGAUUUGUACAAUUAGGGUUUAUGAAUGUUAAGAGUUUCUAGAUUUCGAUUUCUGUUUCGUCUUUCGUAUUUCGAUGUAAUCAAUCAAAUCCAAUCUCUCUACGAAAUCAGUUGAUUUAUAUCUUUGCUUUUA